GGCUCGAGCAGGGGCGAGGGGCAGGCUGGCCGUCUCCAGUCUUGGGAGGAUCUGCCCGCGAUGUCGGCCGUGCCCAUCAACCAGCUCGCCAGGCCCAAGGGCACCAAGUACGAGUGCGAGGUCUGCGGGAAGCCGGCGGCACUGAAGUGCUCGGAGUGCCCGUCGUUCUACUGCACCCAGGAGCACUUCGACAUCGACUGGCGCGGGAUCCGCAACCUCAUCGCCAAGGACAUCGAGGUGCUGCGCGAGCGGCCGAAGGCCAUCGGCAGCGAGGUGGAGCGCGACCGGCGGGCCGAGGAGCUGAUGGGCAUCCGCAAGGAGCUGCUCCAGCUGUGCACAGAGACGGCACAGAAGUUUCUGGUGCAGGGGAACUACGAGCUCGCCGUGCCUGGCGCGCUUCAGAGCCUGAAGUUCGCGAUGGAGGUCUACGGCAACGAGGCGAGCGAGCUGGUGCCCUCCUACCUGCUGCUGGCAGAGGCGAACCUUGGCCUGAGGCGCCUGAAGAUCGCCGAGGAAUUCCUGUCGCUGGCGAAUUGGAACCUCCUCAAGCAUCCUCAGUCUGGGUCUUCGAUGAUGUCGAACUUGCAGCGGAAUUUUGGGCGGCUCUACGCGGCGCAGCAGCGCUACAGGGAGGCGUUGCAGGCUUUCGCCACGGACAUAUACCACUCCUCUCUCGAGUUUGGUCCCGAGAACAUCCGUUCGGCACCUUCGUACUUCCACAUGGGCCGCGUGUUCCAGAGCCACGAAAAGUCCGACAGAGCGGCGUCUUUCUACGCCAAGGUCGUCGAGGUCUACACAAAAUUUCUUGAAGGCUGGCUCAGUGACACCUCCGACGAGCAAUCCCAAGAUAUCACAGCUGUUGAAGUGGAGGAGGCUAUAGAGAUCGUCAAGCACAUCGCCGAAUACAGGGAGAAACAGACUGAGGAGGAUACCUCGGAGCAGUGCAGACAGGGGGUUGCCGAAGGUCGUUAUUGCUUGGGCCUGCUGCUUGUCUACACCAACGACGUUGCUGGCGGCAAGGAGUUGACAAACCAGUUUCCCGGCGGUCGACGGUAAUCGUAUCGUAGAAUUUGCAGGAUGAGGGUAUCACGAUGAGUAAUUGCAGCAGCACGGUAAACAGACACGGUUGUUUCUCAUUGGUGGCACAGCAUGUUCAUUUGCAUCCAGGCUUGUGUAGAUUACCCGAACACUAUGUGCAUUCAGGGUUAUUAUCGCGUUCUAACGAACUGACCUUGGGGGCCGCAGGCAGCGGUUGUCAGUCUGUACCCUCUGGCCGUAACCGCGUGGUGCUCUAUGUCUGGUGCCUUGUGGUUGCCAUUUGUGUCGCGGUCGGUGCUCUAUGCCCGUUCGCGCUCGGUGUGUUUUGGCCUCGCUCCUGGCUGGCUCUCAGUUAGUUUUGACCGAUCCCCAUCACCAUCGGGCCAUGGCAUCUCAGCCUCACCAUCACACCGCCCCAGUUGGAGAUGUGAAUAUACCCGUCGAAACCCGAAGGGAAC